CUUUGCGACGUCAAGAAUAACUUGUGACAAACAUUUUUAAAAAACCAAAAAUGAAAUACGGAAUUACUAUUGUUUGUUGUCUCUUGUUUCUGAUGGCCAUCUCCGCAAAUGGACAAAGACAUACGAAAUUCAGUAUUCGGACCGAACUGUCAACUUUUACACGGACAAUACUGACGACCACGGUCUGCGUUAUUUUGGCCGUCGAUCCCUUGCCCGUCUGUCGUAGGCGUCGCCAGUUAUGGAUGGAACAAGAGCCUGAAUUUUUUUGGAUACCGGAAGAGCAAUUCUUCAUCCAGCCAACCCACAUUUUCCAGGUGGAGCCGACGGAACUUCCGUCGCCAUGGUUCAGGGACGACAACGAUCAGCAAGAUUUCCCGUUUGAUGCCAAUGUCCCCUUCAAUAUGGCCCAUCACGACAUUCAGCCUUCGUUGCUGACUUCUAUGAGCGAACACCAAAGGAAAAUUCCGUUCAAAUCGUCCAACAACCGAAUCAAAAAUCCUUUCAACCCAAACGGCAAAUUUGGACACAAGAAAAGUCGAGUCACAGUCACCUUUACCAAACCGACGACCGAGAUUGAAAUGACGACCAAAACCCACAGUCUAGGCGUUUCCGGUUGCACGAUAUCACCGUUUCCUUACGACGUUUGCGUCUGAGGAAAUAAUUUCUACAUCUCUCUCCUUAAUUGGCCAGCAAGUCCCGUAAAUUGCAUGUCCGGAAAUCCUCCAUAUAAAACUAUAGUAACUACAUUUAUAUUUUGCGAAUUUCACCGUUAAAGUUUUAAUUAUUUUUUCUAAAUUUAUUAUUAUCGUUAUGUAAUUGCUGUUAUUUGAAAUAAUAUUUUUUUUUAAAUGAGGAAUAAAAUUUGAUC